AUGUGGACGCCGACGGAGGACGAGAAGAUCGGAGUGGUGAUCUGCUCCUUCAGGGGCUCCGUGUCUCAGGCUCUGGCUCUGGAGGUCGGAGAGACGGUCCAGAUCCUGGAGAAGUGUGAAGGCUGGUACCGAGGGUUCUCCACCAGGAAGCCACAUGUCAAGGGGGUUUUCCCAGCCAGCUACAUCCACUUGAAGAAAGCCUCCGUCACCAACAGAGGGCCCCAGGAGACCGUGUCUCCUCUGGAGGACCCCACGGUGACGGAGGUGACGUCCACGCUGCAGGAGUGGGCGUUGCUGUGGAAGCAGCUGUACGUGAAACACAAGGUGGAUCUGUUCUACAAAGUGCGUCAUGUGAUGAUGGAGCUGAUCGACCUGAGGAGGCAGCUGCUGUCAGGUCACCUGACCCAGGACCAGAACCGGGACGUCAAGAGACACGUCACCGUGAGGCUGGACUGGGGCAACGAACACCUGGGUCUGGACCUGGUCCCCAGGAAGGAGUUUGAGAUGGUCGAUGAAGACCAGAUCAGCGUGUCAGAUCUCUAUAAGAUGCACCUGUCCAGCAGACACAGUGUUCAGCUGAGUACUACACAGGGUGACGGGACCCGCCAGAGACCCGGGGAGCCGGGUCGAGGUCCAGUACCACACCACCUGCUGGUCAACCUGAAGAGCUUCACCUACAACAGCAUCGGGGAGGACACGGACAUCCUGUUCUCUCUGUACGACCUGAGGGAGGGCAAGACCAUCAGUGAGAAGUUCAUAGUGCGCCUGAACAAGAACGGAGCGCCGAAGAACCCAGAGAAGGUGGACAGGCUGUGUGCGCUCUUUACGGACCUGAGCAACAAAGACAUGAAGAGAGACCUCUACAUCGUCUCCCAGGUCAUCAGAACAGGCCGCAUGCUGCUGAACGACAGUAAGAAGGGUCCUCCUCACGUCUCGUACCGCCGGCCGUACGGAUGUGCCGUCCUCGCCAUGAGCGACGUGCUGCAGACCAUCUCAGAGCUGAAGGAGGAGAAGGACUUCGUGCUGAAGGUCUACACCUGCAACAACGAGAACGAAUGGUACCAGAUCCACGAGAACAUCAUCCGCAAGUCCAGCACCAAAUACACCGCUCCCAGCACCAACUACGGCCUCAUCAUCUCCCUCCAGCUCUUGAGAGGUGACCUCCAGCAGCUCCGCAGAGAGAACCCUCUCAUCUUCAGCAGAGGGGCGGCUAUGACGCGUAAGCUGGGCUUCCCCGACGUCAUCAUGCCAGGUGACGUCCGUAACGACCUGUACCUGACUCUGGAGCGAGGGGACUUCGAGAGAGGAGGGAAGAGCGUUCAGAAGAACAUCGAAGUCACCGUUUACGUCCUGUACGCCGACGGAGAGAUCCUCAAGGACUGCAUCAGUCUGGGUUCAGGUGAGCCCCACCUGCCGGAACACCGCUCCUUCGUGCUCUACCACAACAACAGCCCUCGAUGGAGCGAAGUCAUCAAACUGCCGAUUCCCAUCGACCGCUUCCGAGGGUCCCACCUCCGCUUCGAGUUCAGACACUGCUCCACGAAGGACAAAGGAGAGAAGAAGCUGUUUGGCUUCUCCUUCACUCCUCUGAUGAGGGAGGAUGGAACCACUCUUUCUGACGAGAGCCACGAACUCUACGUUUACAAGUGCGAUGAGAACACCACCUUCAGUAACCACGCCCUGUACCUGGGCCUGCCCUGCUGCAAAGAGGACUUCAACAGCUGCCCCAGCAUCCCCUCCAGCCUCAUCUUCCAGCGCAGCGCCAAGGAGAACUUCUGGAUCUGCACUCAGCUCUCCUCCACCAAGCUCACCCAGAAUGUGGACCUCCUGGCUCUGCUGAAGUGGAAGGCCCACCCGGACCGGGUCAUGGACAUCCUGGGCCGGCUGCGACACGUCAGCGGAGAGGAGAUAGUCAAGUUUCUCCAAGACAUUCUGGACACAUUAUUCGCCAUCCUGGAUGACAACACAGACAAAUAUGGACCUCUGGUGUUCCAGAGUCUGGUGUUUAUUAUAAACCUCCUCAGGGACAGUAAAUAUUACCACUUCAGGCCGGUGAUGGACACGUACAUCCAGAAGCACUUUGCGGGCGCGCUGGCUUACAAGGAGCUGAUCCGCUGUCUGAAGUGGUACAUGGACCGCUCCGCCGAGGCGGUCCGGCAGGACCACAUCCAGGAGGCCAUGCGGGCCUUGGAGUACCUGUUCAAGUUCAUCAUCCAGUCCCGGAUCCUUUACUCUCGGGCCACUUGCGGUCUGGAGGAGGAUCAGUUCCGCACCAGCGUCCAAGAACUGUUCCAGUCGAUCCGCUUCGUGCUGAGCCUGGACAGCCGCAACUCAGAGACGCUCAUCUUCACACAGGCCGCUCUGCUGAACUCGUUCCCGGCGAUCUUCGACGAGCUGCUGCAGAUGUUCACGGUGCAGGAAGUGGCCGAGUUCGUGCGCGGCACUCUGGGCAGCAUGCCGUCCACGGUGCACAUCGGGCAGUCCAUGGACGUGGUCAAGCUGCAGUCCAUCGCCCGGACCGUGGACAGCAGGCUCUUCUCCUUCCCAGAGUCUCGAAGGAUCCUGCUUCCUGUGGUCCUGCAUCACAUUCAUCUCCAUCUGAGGCAGCAGAAAGAGCUGCUCAUCUGCUCGGGAAUCCUCAGCUCCAUAUUCUCUAUUAUCAAGAGCAGCUCACUGGACACGUCGGUGCAGGAGGAGGUGGAGAUGAUGGUGGAGUCCCUGCUGGACGUCCUCCUGCAGAGCCUGCUGUCCAUCAUGAGCAAGAGCCAAUCGCAGGAGGCGGUAAGGGGUCAACGCUGUCCGCAGUGCACCGCGGAGAUCACUGGAGAGUACGUGUCCUGCCUCCUGUCACUCCUCCGCCAGAUGACGGACAUCCACUUCCAGCGCCUGAUGGAAAACUUUCAAAGCAAAGAGGAGAUCAAGGAGUUCUUGUUGAAGAUUUUGUGUGUGUUCAGGAAUCUGAUGAAGCUCAGUAUUUUCCCUCGGGACUGGAACGUCAUGAGGCUUCUCACCAGCAACAUCAUCUUGACCACGGCUCAGUACUUGUCUCCUGCUCUGCACAAGAACUUCACUGAAGCGGAGUUCGACUUCAAGGUGUGGAACUCCUACUUCAGUCUGGCCGUGCUGUACAUCAACCAGCCCAGUUUACAGCUGGAAAGCCUGAGUCCUGCCAAGAGGAAGACGGUCUUAGACAAGUACGGAGACAUGAGGGUGAUGAUGACCUACGAGCUGUUCGGCAUGUGGCAGAACCUCGGUGAGAAUAAGAUCCAUUUCAUCCCCGGUAUGAUCGGCCCGUUCCUCGGCGUGACGCUAGUUCCUCAGGUGGAGGUACGAAACAUCAUGAUCCCCAUCUUCCACGACAUGAUGGACUGGGAGCAGCGCAAGAACGGGAACUUCAAACAGGUGGAGGCGGAGCUAAUCGACAAGCUGGACAGUUUGGUGUCCGAGGGGAAAGGUGACGAGAACUACAGGGAGCUCUUCGGUUUGCUAACCCAGCUGUUUGGGCCCUACCCGAGUUUGUUGGAGAAGAUCGAGCAGGAGACGUGGAGGGAGACGGGGAUCUCCUUCGUCACCUCCGUCACACGCCUGAUGGAGCGACUGCUGGACUACCGGGACUGCAUGAAGGGAGACGAGACGGAGAACAAGAAGAUCGGCUGCACUGUGAACCUGCUGAAUUUCUACAAGUCGGAGAUCAACAAAGAGGAAAUGUACAUCCGCUACAUCCAUAAGCUGUGUGACAUGCACCUGCAGGCAGAGAACUACACCGAGGCGGCGUUCACGCUGCUGUUGUACUGGGAGCUGCUCCACUGGGAGGAGAACCUCCUGAAGGAGUUCCUGCACUACUCCGCUCAGACCGAGUGGCACCGGAAGGAGGGGCUCUGUCGCAAGGUCAUCCACUACUUCAACAAGGGCAAGUGCUGGGAGUUUGGCAUCCCUCUCUGCAGGGAACUGGCCUUCCAGUAUGAAUCUCUCUACGACUACCAGAGCCUCAGCUGGAUCCGGAAAAUGGAGGCGGCGUACUACGACAACAUCAUGGAGCAGCAGCGUCUGGAACCGGAGUUCUUCAGGGUCGGAUUCUACGGCAGGAAAUUCCCGUUCUUCCUCAGAAACAAAGAGUUUGUCUGCCGUGGCCAUGACUACGAAAGGCUUGAGGCCUUCCAGCAAAGGAUGCUGGGAGAAUUCCCACAAGCCAUUGCGAUGCAGCACCCCAAUCAGCCCGACGAGGCCAUCCUGCAGUGUGACGCCCAGUACCUGCAGAUCUACGCGGUGACUCCAGUGCCGGACAGCGUCGGCGUCCUGCAGAUGGACCGAGUCCCGGAUCGCAUCAAGAGCUUCUACCGGGUCAACAACGUCCGGCGGUUCCGAUACGACCGGCCCUUCCACAAGGGGCCCAAAGACAGAGACAACGAGUUCAAGAGUCUUUGGAUCGAGAGGACGACGCUCAUCCUCUCUCACCCUCUGCCGGGCAUCUCCCGCUGGUUCGAGGUGGAGAAGAGGGAGCUGGUGGAGGUGAGUCCGCUGGAGAACGCCGUCUCUGUGGUGGAGAACAAGAACCAGGAGCUGCGGACCCUGAUCAGCCAGUACCAACACAAGCAGCUGCACGGCAACAUCAACCUGCUCAGCAUGACGCUGAACGGGGUCAUCGACGCCGCCGUCAACGGGGGCAUCGCCAGAUACCAAGAGGCGUUCUUCGAUAAAGAUUACAUCACCAGCCACCCGGAGGACACGGAGAAGAUCACACAGCUCAAAGACCUGAUGCAGGAGCAGGUCCACGUCCUCGGAGUCGGCCUGGCCGUGCACGAGAAGCUGGUGCACCCAGAAAUGCGUCCCCUGCACAAGAAGCUGAUCGAUCAGUUCCAGAUGAUGCGGAGCAGCCUCUGCCACGGUCUUCCUGGUUUAGAGAAGUCUGGUCCAGGACCCAACAGAGGGAUCCUGACCUCUCACGGCCCCAUGAGCCCCGAGAGCUUCAAGCUGCUGCACCGCCACAGCCCCAUAGCUGUGUUGACUCCAGUGCGCUCCUCCUCCUCUCUCUCCUCUCAUACCUCCAGUGAGGUGGGCGGCGGCCUGUUGCUCUUGGCGGACGGCGUGGUGGUCGAGCAUCCCGAGGACUUCUACCGCAUGCAGCAGUGGCGUUUCCUCACGCAGGCGAGCCCCUCCUCCUCCAGCCUUAGCUCCACCCACUCGGCGCCCUCUCAGAUGAUGAACUCCGCCCCCUCCACCAUCAGAGUCGGUUCCCCGUCGCUGCCGCUGCCGGACAAAUACAGACACAACCGAGAGCUGCUGAUGCUGCUGCCGCCGCACCGUGAGCGGCCGAGCAGCGCCAUGUACACCAACAUCAGCGACAACGGGCAGCCCACCCACUUCCAGCGGGCGCUGCUCCACCAGGUGAUUGGUCCGUGUAAACCCUGCAGUGACCCCAACCUGUCUGUGGCGGAGAAAGGACAACACCUGUCGAUGCACUUUGAUGCUUUCCACCACCAGCUCAGCGACCUCCCUCCAGCUCUCCCUGCGCGCUCCUUAAGAAAGUCUCCCCUGCACCCUAUACCUGCCUCGCCCACCAGUCCUCAGUCCGUCCUGGAUGGCAGUAGCUCCACCCUGUCGGGCAGCGCCAGCUCCGGAGUCUCCUCCCUCGGCGAGAGCACCUUCGGCAGCGCCACCUCCUCCGCCGACCCCCCUGCCAGCCGCACGGACACCCUGGAGUCCGUACCUGGCGGCCAGGCCUGGACCGUGGACCAGGAGGACCCGGACUCGCCCUACCAGCCCGUUAGGUACAGCGUCUCUGAGCCUGAAGUCCUAGACGGAGUCAAACCCCCGCCCUGCCGCAGCCACUCCGCCCCGGGGGGCGUUGCCUCGGCCCAGGCCGGGGGCCAAAUCCAGCCCCAGGCUCCGAGUUUGACCUCCCUCGGAGCGCCGCACCACCUGCAGGAUGGGUCGCAGCACCUCUACCACCACCACCACCACUUCCACCCGCACUACCUCCCUCACCACCCGCCCCUCUACCACCUCCACGAGCCCCCUCCGGCCCUGCCCCCCAAGCCCUACCUCAGAGAGGGGUGCAUCCCCGAGGAGGACCCCCUGAACACCAGUCUGCCGCCCCCCCCGGGCCGCGGCCCAUGCCGCGCAAGGUCUCUCAGCCCAUAA